AUGGCCCGUGCACGCGCUAGACCAAAAGAGGACAAAAUGGUCGGAUCUCUUAAGCUUGCCGAUAGCGAUAAGCAACGUCAGUCGGUGUUGAUUCCAGGCCAUAACGGCAUCAAAUUCGAUGAGAAGAUGGCAUUGCCUAAUGGAACUAGCGUGCUGAACCAAAUCAUCAUUUCGCCGUCGGACACGGACUACCUUGACCAGCUCAUUCCCUCUAUCCGGGAGUACAGCGUCGGCAACCGAACUCCGCAGCUCCUCCAGUCCCUAUCACGAUUUGCAAGUGAUAAAGAGGCGGAGAUUGAGAGUAUCUGCAACACGAAUCACCAAGAUUUCGUCUCCUCGGUCAAUUCACUCCUCCGUAUCCGUGAAGGCACCGUCACCCUUACUGCCGAGAUUCUCGACCUCAACCAGUCCAUACAAACAAGUACGGAGCGUCUUGCGGAACAAAAGAAGGCCUUGGUUGAGUCUCGAAGUCAUCGGCAGAAUAUUGACGAAACGUCGCGCGCCAUUCAAGAUUGUCUCGAGGUUCUGCGGUUGGCGAAUCAGGUCCACGACCUGCUAGCCAAGAAGAAUCACUAUGCAGCAUUGCGGGCGCUGGAGGAGUUGCAAAAUGUGCAUCUCAAGGGUGUCACGCAGUACAAGAUCGCGGAGAUGAUUCAACGCUCGGUACCUGCCACUCAGCGGGCCAUUGCGGAAGCUGUCAUGUCGGACUUGAAUACGUGGCUGUAUCGCAUUCGAGAAAUGUCACCUUUUCUCGGGGAGUUAGCUUUAUUCCACACGGACCAACGCAAGUCAAGAUUGAAGCAACGCGCGGAGAAGAUGCCUUAUCUUGAAAGCUUCAAUCUAAACUCUGCGAUUGAGCUCGUGGCAGAUGAAGAUGAAGAGUACGAUCUAUUACAGAACGACGAUCUCCAGGUUCCCUUUGCGCCUUUGUUCGAGUGCUUGCACAUUCACCAGUCCUUGGGGCAGAUGGACAAGUUCAAGAUCGAGUACGCGAAUACUCGACGUCGGCAAAAAGACCUUUUGCUUCCUGCGUCCAUCACGCUCGUAGAUGAGGACGGUGCCAGUCUUCAUAAUAUGUUGGAGGAAAUGGCAGGCUUUGCGAUUGUUGAGCGAGCAACGAUGAAAAGAGUGCCGGAUUUGAGAUCCUCCGUUGAUAUCGAUGAACUAUGGGACUCAUCGUGCCAGGCCGCGGUUGGUGUGAUUUCCAAGGCGCUGCAUGAAGUAGACAACGCGGAGAGCAUUUUGAAGACGAAGAAUCUGAUUGCGCUGUUCAUGCAGACAAUGAACGUAAGCGGGUCCUUUCCCCUCCCUCGACUUGAUUCAGGCAGCGAGGCUAAUACGCCCUAUCAACCCCCCAAACAGACGUGGGGCUUUUCCGUCAGAGUCUUUGACGACUUCUUAUUGAAACUGUUUGAAAAGUACGCGGAGCUACUCAAGAGGCGGUUUAGCGAUGAUUUCCAAGAGAUCGUGUCCACGGAUGACUACAUGCCUAUGCCUAUUCAGACCCUAGAAGAGUAUGACAAGGUGCUCAACGUGAGCUGGUACAGUCCUGAAAAGCCACGCGAUGAACAAGUUUUCCCAUGCAUCCUGCCAUUCUCAAGGAUGUAUCCAUUGUGCUGCAUCGAUAUUCGGAAUUUUUUGAACCAGUUCUACUUCUUUGCAAACGACGACUUUUCUCACCCAAAUGCGCUGGAUGAUCUUCUCUCUCGAAAGGUUUGCGAUACCCUGGUGGAGCGUCUUUCCUCGCAGUAUCUUGGACAGAUCGUUCAGAUUCUGAUCAACCUGGAACAUUUUGAACUGGCCUGUCACGAACUGGAACUUCUCCUGGCGGCUGCAAGGUCACAGAACUCGACUGGCACCUCCAUCGCGCUCAGAGCCACCGAGAAAUUCAGAAGCAACAAAAAGGCCGCUGAGAAGCGAAUAUUCGAGGUGGUCAACUCCAAGAUUGACGAUCUUAUUGAAACGGCAGAAUAUGAAUGGAUGGCGCCUAACCCUCCCAGCGAACCCAGCAACUACAUGCAGACUCUGACGCGAUUCCUGUCUAACAUUAUGAACUCCACCUUACUCGGGCUGCCAACUGAAAUCAAAGAGUUGAUCUACUUUGACGCGCUCAGUCAUGCCGCAAACAUGAUCUUGGCUCAACCUCUGGCUCCCGAGGUCAAGACCAUCAAUCCUAACGGUGUCACCGCGUUGGCCAAGGAUGUCGAGUACCUUACACAGUUCGUGGAUAGCCUGAACGUGCCUAUCUUGCGUGAGAACCUGGACGAGCUGCAACAAACGGUGCAGCUGAUGCAAGCGGAUAAUGCGGAUGAAUUUUACGAUAUUUCGACGCGUAAUAAGAAGUACGGACGUGUCGAUGCCAUGCAGGGGCCUAUCUUGCUUGAGAAGUUGACUCGAACAGUCCAAGUGCCCACCAAGGUGGACAAAUUCGUGAAUCUGUCAUCACGGUUCAAGAAAUCUUCAUAG